AUGUUGACACCUUUAAAUACAAAUGAUAGUAUUGGAUAAACAAAUUUUUAUCAGAUGGGUGAUUAUACUAAUAGUUAAAGUUGUUUAGAUAAAUUAGGUAAUUAAAUGGGAAUCUUCCUUCAGCAAAAGAUUGAAUUAGUGUAUGGAAUGACAGGUAAAUUAUCCUUUAUUAUUUAGGAUUUAAUAAUCCUAGAGUAUAUAAUAUAUUCCCAGGAAAUGAUAAAGGUGAGUAAAUAUAAUAGAAUGAAUUAUUUAAAUGCAAAGAAAAGUCUUUAUCUGGAGCAUAUUUAGCAUUAGGGUAUUUGUUUUAACAAAUAUUUAGUCCUCCACAAAGGCCAUUUGAGAUUUAUGCAAUAAAUUAUAAUUCCAUAGAUCUUACAGAUUAAUAGAUCUUAGAUAAUUCUAAUAGAGUUAUCUUCAAAAUUGAAAGAAAGUAAGCAUCUAUUUGUUGCUGUUGCUGUUUAGAUAGGUAAUAAUUUUAAUAUUUUACUAUUAAGACCAUGUAUUGAAGUUCAUUAUCUUGAAAAUGGUGAAAAUAAAAAAUUAGGAUAAAUUAUUGAAUUGUGUUAUUGUUGCAGGCUUGGCUGUAACAUAUUUGAUUUUUCAAAUUAAUUAAAAUAUAUAAUUUAGGAGUCUAGUUAUUGUUAAUGUAAUCAUGCAAAUUUUGAUAUUAAAACUCCUGAUGGAGAAGUAAAUAAUCAUAUUAAUUAUUAUAGGUAAUUGCUCCUAUGAAAAAGAAAAUUAAAAAUACUUGGGACGACUAGACUGAUAAUUUUAAAGUUGUAUUUCCUUAAAAUGCAUCAAAAGAAGAUAAGGCUUUGAUUCUAGCAGCUACAAUAAUGUUUGAGUACAUGUACUUCUCAAAUACAGAAAAUCUGAAUCCUAAUUAAUAUAAUCAAAACAAUUUCCCAAUCUGA